AUGGCGCAGGAGCUGCUCCUGGGCAGCAGCGAGCACAUCUCAGCUACCUCGGACGUCUAUACUCACGAGGUUGUCGCCGUGAACUUUACCCACUUCACGAUGUUUCCUCCCAUUUCCUAUGAUUUAUCCUUCGCGCUGAAGGUCCCCUCGCUGAUAAGGCCCAAAGGCACUCACCAAGAUGACGUUCGCCAUGCGAUGGCCGUGGAGAGGGCAAGGCGUGUGGAGCCACAUCGGAUCCGGGUUUGGCUUCAGACGCUUGUUUGGGUUUGCGAGCCCCCUUCUGGAGCUGCUGGUGACGGUGUGGCUGGAUGGGGCCAGGUGUCGGAUGAUGGCGAGGAUUUCCAGGUGAGAGUCGUGUACGAUCUGGAAGACCCUCCGGACUGGCUCUAUGCGGCCUAUCGGCUUUUUGUGGGCGAUGCGGCGUACAAGCCACGAGACUUCCGCCAAGUGGACAUGCACUGGGUCCGGAGCGUGGACCUCGCGUUCCCUUAUUGA